AUGCCAAUUCCAAGAGAGGGCUUUGUCGUCGACUAUGUUGCCCGCCUUCUCCGGAGCUCUCUGCUUCAUCCGCACCUCAUUCUGCCUACCGUAGUGCUCACGUCUUGGGCCAAGCUAGAGCUCUCCCCAAUUCCAGUGCCCCGUCUUCCAGUGCUGGCGUGGCUGAUAUACACGCUUGCCGCGGUUACGCUGCUUCUGAGCGCAACAGAGUACCUCAACGACGGCACAGCCAACAACUGGACACCAUCGGCCAACAUCGACUGGAAUGAUGAAAUUAUCGUCGUUACCGGCGGCAGCAGCGGCAUCGGUGCCAGUCUCGUACUCCGUCUUCACGCAGAAAGGCCGCAGAGCACCAUCAUCGUCGUCGACUACACGCCCCCGACAUGGACGCUUCCUUCUGGCGCCCGGAUCCACUUCUACCAAUGCGACCUCAGCGACGCAUCCCUUAUCAAAGGCCUCUGCCAGCGCAUACGUGCAAACGUCGGGAACCCAACAAUUCUCGUCAACAACGCGGGCAUAUGCCGAGGCUCUACCGUAGCCGACGGCUCGUACAGCGACGUUACGCUCACCAUCAACACGAACCUCGUGGCCCCGUUCCUGCUCUGCAAGGAGUUUCUGCCAGAGAUGAUUCGUAGGGAUCACGGCCACAUUGUCAAUAUUGCGUCCAUGAGCGCGCUAUUGCCUCCUGGAAAGAUUGCCGACUAUGCUGCUACCAAGGCUGGCUUGAUCGCCCUACACGAGGCCCUUCAGCUGGAACUCCGCCACGACCAUCCCGCGCCACGGGUUCGCCUUUCGCUUGCCAUCUUGAGCUUUAUCAAGACGCCGCUCUUCAAAGGCGAGACGAGGCAGCUGCACUUCUUGUUUCCGCUAAUGGACGUCGAGACGGUCAGCGAAGCCAUUGCUAGCGCGCUGUACAGCGGGCGUGGUCGCACGAUUUAUCUGCCUGGCAUUAUGCGAUACGUCGCUAUUCUGAGAGGCGGCCCCCAAUGGAUGUGGUAUCGUAUUCGAGACAAGACGAAAGACUUGGGCGUGGACUUCAAGGGCAGACAAAAGGUUGAUCCGAACUCGGGCAAGUUGGUUGCUGCCAUGGUGGAUAGAUAA